GAUUUUGUUGACAUCCCGUCGAAACACUGCAUUAUCAGAUAUUUUGCCGUAUGCUGUUGUAAACAAAAAAAACCGACAUUGUGCAGCCAAAGCCGUUGGCCGGAGACGUUUGUCGGGAGAUCCGUUGAACCAGAUUACAGGCGUACGGUGUACCCACUGAACGCGGUCUGUCUAUUAUCAAUUCUCCUUGGAAAUCUAAUCAAAAUGAACAAAAAAAAAGAUAAAAUAUGGGACAUUUGUCGAACGUGUGGGAACACGGGCGAUAUUGAAAUAUUCGGCCGAGAUGGUGUUGCUUUGCAAUUAGAAGAAAAAAUUAAUACUUAUUUACCAAUAACAGUAUCAGUCAAUGAUAAUCUACCUCUUAAGCUAUGUAGUGUUUGUGUUAGUCGACUAGAAAGUUGUCACCAUCUUAUUGUAUCUACGAUAGAAAUGAAUAAAACGCUUGAAGAGGUUAUGAAGAAAAGACAAAUAAAAAACAAUACUUAUAAUUUUGACAAUGAGGAUAACGCUAUUGAAGAAAUCGCUUUGGAUCAAAAUAAUGCAGAGUCAGUGGAAAUAAUGGACAUAAAUUCAGGCGAAGAAGAAAAUAUUUUAACGGUUAAAGAAGAAGAUUAUUCUCUUGAAAACGUUGAUGUAGUUAGUAUUGGCACUGAUGAUCUAUGUGAUGAUGUGUCGAUGGAAGAAGAAAUGGAAAUGGAAAAAUCAAUAGACGAUAGCGAUGAAAAUGGUAAAUUUCAAUGUUCUAAAUGCCAGCGUGUGUUCGAUUCUGAAACCAGAAUGCGCCGUCAUAUAUUUAUGCAACACAACCCUGUCGAGAUGGAAUGUUUUCACUGUUUCGCCAAGUACGAUUCAAUGUUGCACUUUGAGCGUCACGUAGCCACACAUUUCACUAGAAACGAGUAUCUGUGUGAUUUUUGUCCUACAAUGUUCAAUCGUGUAUCCGGACUACUCGACCACUUGGCCAAACAUAAAACCGAUCGGCAAAGAUUCACUUGCAUGGAAUGUGGAAAAAUAUUAGCCAAUCGUCUGUCGUUUACCAUUCACCAAAGGACGCACACCGGGGAAAAACCGCACGCGUGUAGAUUUUGCGACAGAACAUUUUCACAGAUAUCAUCCAAGCAGUAUCACGAACGUACACACACAGGUGAAACAACCCACCAUUGCGAAUUUUGCGGAAAAGGAUUCAAUUCAAAAUUAACUCGCGACACUCACAGACGCAUUCACACUGGAGAGAGGCCAUUCGGAUGCAAACAGUGUAACGCUACAUUCCGCUGUCUCGCGAAUUUGCGUCAACACGAAAUGGUGCAUGCGCCAGUGAAACCUUUCCAAUGCGAAGUGUGUUUAAAACGAUUCGGAAGGCCGGAAAAAGUACGAGUUCACAUGCGUACACAUACAGGAGAAAGGCCUUACAAAUGUCCAAUAUGUGGCCGCGGUUUCACGCAGAAAAACGACAUGCUUAAACACACCAACGUCCAUAACAAACCGGCUCGUCGUACCAGCUCACAGAUGAUGAAAGGCGACGUAGUAGUGCCGCUGAACUCUGCGCCUAAAUAUGUGAACAUCAAAGAUCUCAAGGAAAUAUGUUUCGACGUUUCGAAUAGUUACGACAGUUCGGAAAACGACACCAACAGUCCAAUGGCUCUAAUUUCAGAAGAACAAUCCUAAUUUUUUCUACUAUUACAUAAGUACGUUUUGAAGAAAACACUUAAUUACUGUUUCAAUGAAUUUUUUUUUUUUUUACUUGUUAUUAAGAGUAUAGUUAAUUAUUUUUAAAAACUUUUUUUUUCCUGUAUAUUUAACAACUAUAUGAACUUAAGUACACUGUACUUAAACUAAUAAUCUGUGAUCAGAUAAUAUAUAUAAUAUUAUUAAUAAUAAUAAUUAUAAUAUUCCAUUUGAAAAAUGUAUCGACCAAUUUAUACAUUCACGUCG